AUGCCCAAAUGCGUUGAUUUAGCGGGCUCUGAAGGCGGUGGGGCCGGAAAGCGUGGCUCAGGAAGUGCCAGAGCCGCUCUGCAAACGGCUGGACGGAGUCCUAGUGGCAUGCUGGAUACAGAUUCCGCGUCUUGCCCGUUGAGCGGUGGCCCGGCAAGCGAUCGAGCGCGGCCUGUUGCGGGGUUCGCGGCCGUGCAUUCAGCGCUGUUUGAAGCGGGAGGCCGUCAUGUGGCCCGUGCAGCUGGGCGGGUCCGAGUCGGGGAAGUGAGAGGACCGGAGAGAGUUGAUAAGCGACACGUGCCGUCGGGUCACGGGCCCGACCGGUCGUCGCUUACCCUUCUGACUUCACCACCACCACCGCCGUUGUCGUUGUCGUCGGCGCUGCCCGCGCGCAUCAGCGUCUGCGCAUGCUCGGGCCUGGACACUACAACGCCCGUCGUCCACCGCCCUUCUCCCACCCACAUCAUGCUCUCCCCCCGGACCUCCACCCUUUCACUGUCCCCACGACUCUACCAUCAUGUCGCGCGCGCCCUGGCCGUGUCGUACAUCCUAUGCACCGCCUCGGCGCAGCUGCCCAUCCUUUUCGCAAUUGCUCGCCAUGGCAAAGCCGUCGACGACACAUAUGUGAACACACAUCUCGCGGUGCCAUUGGUAUUCACGAUUCUCACCCCCAUCUACGCAUCAUGCCUCGUUUACAAAACAACCCUGUGGAUCCGCCCCGCCGAGCGCCCCGACCCGCUGCAGUUUGGCACCAUCAACGUCCACGUGUGCCUCUGGCUCUGCUGCGGCGUCGUCCCCGGCCUGUGGCCCCUCCUCCGCGCGCCGUCAGAAGACAUGCAGCAGUGCACUAAGCAAUGGCCGUGGUGUCUUGUCCUGCUGCAGCGCAACCUCGCUCCGGCAGCCAUCUGGAUUGCCUUGCUAUGCGCGUCGAUAGGCAGCUACCAGCCGGGAACGGAGUAUUAUUUGUUGCCUGCGUGGCGAUAUUACCCGGGGGGAAGGGAAACGGACGGCGACGCAGUGGACAAGACCAAGGUCUUUGGAAAGCAGGUCGAUUCAUAG